CCCCGAAUCCCAUGGCAACACUCCUCCUAUUAGGGAGGAUUACCGGCUGACAGAGUACAUGGCCAUGGAUUGGCAUAAAGAUGGGGCCAGGACCUUUGAGGAAGAGAGCAGUUACAUGGAAAGGACUUUCCUCAAGCUAGCACAUUCCUCCAAGCCAAAGCUGGGCGGCGGCUUGGGCAUCAUGCAGCAGAAAGCCACGCAAACUUCUUUAGAUGAAGAGUCCAAAAUGGUCCCUGUGGAGUCCAAACGGCGUCAGGUUUGCUCGUGUCUGCUGAAGUCAGCUAAUAAGUCUUACUCUGAGUUACAUCACCCAAACAAACCUCCCUUGCUCAGCUCUGAGUGUCAAAAGAAACUGCCAAAAGACGAUGAUUACAUUCCCAUGACGUACAGCAAUGCAGAUUACAUCCCUAUGCAACCUAGAGCAAACCACCCUGCCACCAUGGAGAUACACCCGUGCUUCUCGCAGCAAGCGGACCGAUAUGGCUACAUGAUGAUGCUCCCUGGUGACAGUCUGUCCAGCAGGGAGCAGGCUGAGUAUGAUGACUACAUGGACAUGUCUCAAAUCACCAUGGCUGAAGGCUUUUCCCAGGCCUCACCUGAAGGCCAGAAAUCCCACACUUCCUACUUCUCUCUUCCACGCUCUUACAAAGCCCCAUCACGUGAGAAACGUGGCAAGACGGAAUACGUUCCCAUGUCCCCUGCUGAGACCUCCAGCCCUCCCAGUCCAGGCGAGUACAUCCAAAUGGAUUUUGGGGACCGGCCCACUGUUUUGCCACCCUCUGUAAACUCCCCCUCCACACCACCCCCCUCCCAGCCCUGCUAUCAGCUGUGCUGCUCCAAACCCGAACAUGACUACUUGGGUCUGAACAUGGACAGCCUCCUGAAAGACCGCCCUCCUCGACACUCACUUGUUGCUCCGUGGAACCCUCCAAACUAUGCCCGGCCUUUAGGAUGCUCUUAUGGUCAGACAUCGACUAAUUUAGAUCCUGAGAAGAUGCAUGGUGGUGAUGCCAGCAGUCCUUUGCAAAUGAUGCAGCAUCUUUGUAUCUCCGAAUGGCUUCCGCUAGGCCAAACGGAGCCCAAGGUUAUCAGGGCAGAUCCACAGGGCAGGAGACGACACAGUUCAGAGACUUUCAUCCCCUCAUCUGGUUCCUCUGUUAACGGUUGCAUCAUCAGGCCCUCGGCCUACCAGAAUCUCCCCGAAGCUAGCAGGUGGCAGAACUCCACCUCCUUUGAUAACGUGUGGUCACGCACAGAGGCCUCUCCUGACUCGGUGAACUCUGCAACAGGAAUAACGCACCAGAACACCUCAUCCAGCUACCUCAACUAUAUCGCCCUGGACCUGAGAGAAGUGCCCAGGGUCACACGCAACACCCCCACUCCACACCCAGCUCAUAGUAACCUCCAUGGAAGUGAAGCCUAUGCUGGUAUAGACUUCUCCGUGUCUGGAGGUGAUUCCACUGCCUCAAAAGAUUGAGUGAGUUAUAUGCUGAUGCCGAGGGGAAUCAGGACAUACAGAAUCCAAUGAACUCUGGAAUGCCGAAGAGAAGGCUGCCUCCUCCUCAGACCUCUGACAACCAAUACUGAGAGACUGCACAACCUCUUAUGCUCUGUAUUUCCCACAUAACUGCCUCAACAACUGGUUUCAUUGGUCUGUUUUUGAAGGAACAAUAAUGUUUUCUGGUCUUGUUUACUAGAGUAGGUUCGCUACAUCAGAACUGUGAGCUCCAAACGUCUAGCACUUAUAUUUUUGUGUGUAUGGUAUUAAAUCGCGCCAUAGCUCUUACGUUACAGGUUUACGUUUCACCACAGAAAAUGGGAUAGAUCAGUGUAAAUAGGAGCUUGUAUAUUGAAAAUCAUUUGUAUAAUGAGUCGGGUACCUUCCCGUAACCCCCACCACUCCUUAACACGUGACAGUUGAUUUCUAUUUAUAUAAUGUCAAUUAAUAUUAUUUCAGGGAGCAUUGAGUUGCCUACACAUGCAGUGCAUAUACUGCAAAAGGGUUUUAUUUACCGCACGGACCACUUCUGUGAAGACCACUUUUUUUUAAAUGUACAGUCUCAAAUAUCAUCUCAAUCGAUGUUUUCGAUGCAUGAAAACAUCUCCGUACAAGAGUGUCUGUAUGGCAAGCCUGUUUAACAUUUAAUCAUGAAGGAUUUGAAUUAUAGAAAUUUUCAAUUUAAUUUUCACUAGUGAAAAUGCUAAUUCUUGAGAUCAGCAAUGGAAUUACUACUAGUAAAAGUGCUUAUUUAUAUUAGAAAUUAAGUUUGCACUAGUAAAAACAUUUAGUCUUGAUAUGAAAAAUGAUAUUAUUACUCGCCGACAUGCACAUAAAUUGUUUUUUAUUUCAAGUAGCAAAUGCCAUAAAUUUGUAUAACUGCAUUUUCACAGUGAUCUAACUGAAUUACAAUGGAAUUGCAAUUAGUGAAAAUUAAAUUUUUUGAUAUCUAAGUUUAUUUCAACAUUAUACAUUUGGUAGAAGGCUUUCUUGCUACUUUCAAUAUCAUUAUAGAUAUCUGAAAUUACAUUUUAACUAGUUGGAUUUCAAUUGUUGAUAUCAGGAAUGGAUAUUUGUACUAGUAAAAUUGCAAUUAUUAAAGAAAAUCUUUUUACUAUUUAUUUUUACUAUUAGGAAGUACAUGUAAGAAAACAAUUACAGAUAUCUGUAACUGCUUUUUGAACAGGAUUGAAUGACAGAUUGUGAAAAUGCAGUUACAGAAAUUCCAUUUUUGAUAUAAAAAAUUAGUUUUUUGUUGAUUAAUGACGUAAUUUUUGAUAUCAAGAAUUUAGCACUUUUAGUACUUCCAUUGCUGAUAUCAAGAAUUAGCAUUAUAACUAGUGAAAAGUGAAUUGUAAAUAUCUGUCAAAAGGGCUUGCCAUAGUGUCUGAAUCUGAAUGAUGUAACAUUGGAAUGUUUCAGUGCAAAGCUUCGAAACAAGUAUUAACACUUUUCUAAGAGCACUUUUUAGAUAACAGUGUUUCUAAGUUACUUGGAUAUGCUACCUCCUGUUUAUGCCAUUGGGAAACAACUCUCAAAAUCCGUUCAACCUCGCCGGUAUUGGCGCAAGAUCAAGUAUUGUCGACUUUGAGGUCAAUUGAGAUGCAAAAUAGUAUUUCCAUGAACAAAGACUCUUAUGGUUUGUUUAUUUAUUGAUUUGGAGUACUUUUAGGCCUGGAUGUAGCCAUUGGACAAAAUAAAAAGAUACUUUUACUACUUGAGCAUUUGACAACUAGUCUUACAAACUGCCACAUUACGCCAGGACACUGGUACAAAUGUAUAAAUAACGGUACUCUGCAUUCCCUACAUGAUACAUCCUGUUUGUUUGUUUAUUUAUUGAUUGUGUUUAUUUAUUUAUUUAUUGAAUCCAAUGCAUUGACGUUCACUGUUAACGGGACAGUUUGUAUAGUGCAUCGCUGGUGAUCGCAAUUGUACGAAUAUAGAACUCACUGAGAGGGGGAUUUCAGUGUCUAUAUCACUUCAAAACACCUGUUUUCCCUCAUCUCUUGGGCCUUUUUUUAUUACCAAGAAUUAUUAGUCCCUCUUUGCUUGUACCUGAAAGCUUUAUAUAAAGAGAUGUUGGGUCGAGGUUGUGGUUGAAAGCUGUGUAGUACGAUGUGUAAGCUUUACAGUAGUAGUCCAAAUGAUGUUGGGACGACGCCGUACGUCAGUGACUUUUCCUCCAUUCGUUUCGGUAGUAGCCCACCUGUGGCUGCUUCUCUUUAUUUGACUAGCUUUUGUGUCAUGCUAUUGUGUCAUGAUAUUGCGUUGCUUUAAUGUAAGUAAAAUGUGAAAUGGAGAAAAAACACGUAGUAUACCGUUUCUUGGGACUUUUUCUACACAAUAACUACCGUGACAGCCUGGAAAAGUAAUCAAGCUUGUGUUUUUUUUACUAGGGGCUCUACUGAGGUUAUAGUUUGGGGAUACUGAUAUUGUUUGGAAUUGUGCCGAGUUGUUUGCCUUUUUUCGAUGACUGAAAGGAAGCGUUGGACAAAAAAAAUCAAUCUAAAUGAACGGAGUCUGUGUUGAAGAUUCACAGUUCAUUUGGUCAGUACACACUUGUGGUGAAAGUUUGUGAUCGGGCUGAAACAUGUUGAUAAUAUCGACUGAAGCAGACCAUUAUCAGCGCCGUCUUCCUUUUUAAAUAGUGUAAUUUUUGAUAUCUCUUCUCUUGUCAAACAUGCUACAUGGCACCUCCUUUGGUUGUAUUUAAGGAUGAGGGUGUUGGAUUUGUUUUUUGGUCAGUUCUACAUUUUUAUAUUUUAUUUUUGGUGUAUAUUUAUCAGAUUGCUUUUUUGCUUGUAAUAGAGCUAUUGCAAUAAAAAGUGCCAAGGUAUC